AUGAAUAGGAGUCAAAAAGAAUUAUUAUUGGCAAAUAAAAACAAACUUGCUAAGUUAGCUAAAGAGAAAGAACAGGCGGAAAGAAGAUCUCAAAGAGCAAGAUCCAGAAUGCCGAAGUCAAAUGUUGAUGAUGAUCAAACUCAAUAUGGAUAUCAGACUCAAAAUCUUGGUGAAGGACAAGAUCUCCAGAAUCAGGCGGGAGGUCCGAAUGAAGUGAAGAAUUCAGGCAUUCCUGGGCAGACUGAGGUGGGAGGAGGUGAAGAAGAGGAAUAUGAAGGAAGUAAUGAAGAGGAUACAGAGUCAGACUCAGCAGACAUUAAACCUUUAGAACUCAAAAAGAGGGACUUGGACUUGGAGAAGCCAGAGAAGAGAAGGGAAGAAGAAAGAUUUAGGCUAGAGGAAACUUGCUGUGUAGAAGCUCAACAAGCGGUUGGUGAUCAUGGGGUCCCAAUCAAUGAGUUUAUAGUUAUCUGGGGAAAGACCCAUAGGCUGCCAUGUGCACCAGAAAUCUGUCAAUUAAGAUGGUGUAGGCUACUUGAUGCGCUAUAA